AUGUGCAGAGCCUUCCCCUCCACUCUGAAGGGGGCAGCGCGUCAAUGGUUUUCUCAUCUUUCACCACGAUCUCUCUCUAAUUUCAUAGCCCUAGGCCGGGCCUUCUUGGCUCACUUCGUGAGCAGCAGGGUACACAAGAAGACAGCCGCCAAUCUUUUGGCUAUAAAGCAGCAAUCAGAAGAAUCCAUCAGAAGUUUUCUUACAAGAUUUAAUAAAGAAGCCCUGCAGGUGCAAAACUUGGAUCCAAUGGUGAAGUUUCAAGCUCUGCGAAGUGGAAUCCGGGAUACAGAGUUGAAAAAGUCAUUAAUCAUAGAUGAACCAGGAGAUAUGUAUGAACUGUUCUCAAGAUGUGAAAAGUAUAUCAACUUGGCUAAAGUCCUUGCGGCAGAAAGAGAAGACAAAACCGAGAAGAAAGCUCAGGAGAAGAAGGAAGAAAUCCCCCGAGAGGCCGGCGCGAAGCGCAAUCGAGAUGACAUAGAUGGAAAGAAAAUGAGAGAUGAUAGGAAAGCUUGGGUUCCUAGGGCUAUAGAUCGAGAAUCUGAGCCAAGCUAUACUGCCCUGACCCACGCCCGGGCACAUAUAUUAAACAAAAUCAAAGAUCAGAUGACACUACGCUGGCCAGCCAAAAUGGUCAAGCCAGCCCACGAGCGCAACAAGAAUAAGUACUACCAUUUUCACCAAGAUCAUGGUCACGAUAUCGAGGAAUGCAAACAGUUAAAGGACGAGAUAGAGGCACUCAUCCAGAGAGGGCAUCUCAAUCGAUUCUUCAAGAAAGAGGCAAAUGAUCGAAGGACAGAUUAUCGAGCUCGAGAGCCCGAGGGAAGGCAGAGAUCACCCCCUAAGGCUGAUAAAGAAGAACUCCCCCGAGGUAAACUCCAUACUAAGAAUGCACCAAUGAGAGAGAUCACAACCAUAUUUGGUGGACCUGGCAUGGGGGGAGAAACCUCAUACUCCCGAAAGCAAUAUGCACGGAAUGUACUCCAAAUCGAGACUACGGCCAAGAGGAGGAGAGCUACUUAUCCUAUAACAUUCUUUAACGAAGACUUGGCAGAUAUACAGACGCCCCACGACAAUGCCCUAGUGAUUAAGAUGGUAAUCGCUAACUGCGUGGUAGGGAGGAUCUUGGUGGACAAUGGGAGUUCAGUUGAUAUCCUAUAUUAUGAUGCAUUUGAAAAGAUGCUCCUGAAAUCCGAGAUGUUGAAAAGAGUGGAAUCCCCUCUGUACGGGUUCAAUGGAGCCCCUAUCCAGGUCGAAGGAUCGAUCGAACUGCUGGUCACGGUGGGGAUAGAACCUAAACUCUCUACCGUGAUGAUGAAUUUUUUGGUGGUAAAGGUGAAUUCCGCGCAUAAUGGGAUAUUGGGAUGUCUUGGUCUCAACGCUCUGCGGGCAGUGGUUUCCACCCCCCAUUUAGUCAUGAAGUUCCCAACUGAUCACAAGGUUGGGGAAUGUCAAGGAAGCCAAGUGAUGGUCCGUCGUUGCUAUGAAGGAUAUCUAAGGGCCAGAGGGAAGGAGCCACAAAUGAACCUAAUCCAUUUGGAUGAUAAUCGAGCUAUCAAAGAGCCAGAAAGGAGUGAACCAGCUAAGGACCAAGCUCCCGUGGAGAUAGUAGAAGGGGACGCCAUGCGUAUUGUCCAGAUAGGAGCAAACCUGACCGGCGAAAGGAAAACCGACCUCAUAAACUUUUUGAGAGCUAACGUGGAUGUAUUCAUCUGGUCUGUUGCUGACAUGCCAGUGAUAGACAGAAAGAUAGCUGAACAUAAGCUCAGUGUUUAUCCCAAUGCCAAACCAGUAUUCCAGAAGAAGAGAACCUUUGCACUAGAGCGAUAA